AUGCUCGCACUCUUUGACGACCCGAUCACUCUGUUCGCAUUGGCGGCUCUCGCAGCGCUCGCCUACUUGCGUACCGUGCACAGGUGGCGACGGGAGGAGGCGGGCUUGCUGGACGAGGACGACAGCCCGGACAGCAUCGACGUCACGAAGAUUCGCGAGCGCAGGGACGGCGCGGUCCUGCUGGAGGCGCGGAACGUGAAUCGGCGUACCAUAGAGGCUGCUCUGAACCGCUUCGUCGGAGAAGGGGAGCCGCUGAGGCCGAGAGACCUGGGAGUGUACGUGCGGGCCCUGACGCAUAAGUCAGCGUUGGGGGAGUACGUGCUGGAGGGCGACUUCGAGCGCCUGGAGUUCUUGGGAGACUCCGUCCUGAACAUCGUGGUGACCAAGUACAUAUUCGACAGGUAUCCGGAUCAGCAGGAGGGCUUCCUGACGAGGGUCCGAACGAAACUCGUGCGGACGUCCACGCUGGCGGGGUGGGCAUCCGAGCUGGGGUUGCAGGAUCUGAUUCUCAUGUGCGACAAGGCUAUCGCUUCCGGUUGGAACCUGAACGCCAAGAAGUUGGAGGACGCUUUCGAGGCGAUGGUGGGCGCCGUGUUCAUCGACCUAGGGAUCUCGGCUUGCCGUAGGUUCUUGCAUCCACUUUUGGAUCGAAGCGACUUCGGUGAGGUCGAAUUCGAUUCGAAUUUCAAGGACAAACUACUGAGAAUAAUGCAGGCAGCGCACUCGUUUUUGACGGCCCGGGGGCUCAACAACAGCGGGUACGGCGAGGAGAUGCUUCCCGUGUACCGCGUGCGGGGCACGUUCAAGGGGGGCGGCGACCAGGAUCUCUUCGACGUCGUGGUGCUCGUGUGCGGCUUCCAGAUGGGCAGCGGUGCUCACGUCAAGAAACGCGACGCGGAGCAGGUCGCCGCGAGGGCGGGCCUGGCGUCCAUCUCGACGUACGGCCUGCCCCAGGUACCCACCAGGGCCGGCUUGGUGCACAUCCCCCGUGAGACGUACGAGCGGAUUCUGCUCUCCUGA